CCCGCCAGAAAGUUAAGUUUCGUUUCCAGCAGUUACGGAGAGUUCCCCUUCCCGCGAUCUUUCCCCGAAGUCGAUUCUUCCUUUCCGGAUCGCAGAGCCUCAGAUAUGGAAGGUCAGCGCCGAAGGCCGACAGCGCCCCGCGCUAAGAAGCCGGCUGCGAAGCGCGCCACGACGGAGCCCAAAGGGACCGUGGCCGCCCGGUCCCGCGCGGGAAACUGCGUCCCUCAAAGGGGGGCGCGAUCGCGGCGUGCGGAGUGUGACGGGGACUCCGCGGAGAAGCCGCGCGCCCAAGCGCCCCGAGCGCGCUCGGGAAGGGCGUCCGUGCGCACCAAGGACCCACAGCCUUCGGCCUCCGGCGCCGCAGGAGACGCCGAGCAGCCCCGCGUCCGGGAGCCCCCGCCUCCGACAGUCGCCGAGGUACUUAAGGUCGCAAGGGAAGUCCGGGAGCCUCCGCCUCCGACAGUCCCCGAGGCACCCGAGGUUGCAAGGGGCGUCCGGGAGCCCCCGCCUCCGACAGUCCCCGAGGCACCCGAGGUUGCAAGGGGUCCUUGCGGCAGGAGGGGCGCGCGCUCCACGGGGCAGCAGAGAGCCUCGCGGGCUUCCAGGAAGGAGCCGGAGACCCUCGACAAAAAGCUCAAGAGGGUGCUGGGAAAUUUGAGGUUGAGACGCGAUGAGAUCUCGGUGGCAGCCGAGGUGGUGAAUGAAGUCGUGAAGUGCCUGCUGAAAGGAAUGCAGACCCGUGACUCGGAGUUCAAAGGCGUGCAGCCGCUGAACACUGGCAGCUACUAUGAGCAUGUGAAGAUUUCUGCUCCUAAUGAAUUUGAUGUUAUGUUUAAACUGGAAGUCCCCAGAAUUGAUCUACAAGAAUAUCAUGACACUGGCGCUUUCUAUCGUGUGAAGUUCAAAAGAAUUCCAGGAGGAAAUCCUCUGCGUCAUUUUUUAGAAGGGGAAAUAUUAUCAGCUUCCAAGAUGUUGUCAAGAUUUAGGGAAAUUAUUAAAAAAGAAGUUAAAAAAAUCGAAGGUAUUGAUGUCAGUGUGGAGAAGGAGAAACCAGGAAGCCCUGCUGUAACACUUCUUAUCAGAAACCCGGAAGAAAUAUCUGUGGAUAUAAUUCUGGCUUUGGAGUCAAAAGGCAGCUGGCCCCAAAGUACCAACGAAGGACUACCCAUCAAAAACUGGCUUGGCACAAAAGUUAGGACCAAUCUAAGACGAGAGCCAUUUUAUCUUGUACCCAAGAAUGCAAAAGUUGGAAAUGAUUUUCAAGGCAAGACAUGGCGCCUCUCUUUCUCUCACACUGAAAAAUACAUUUUGAGUAAUCACGGGAUAGAGAAAACAUGUUGUGAAUCUGCUGGAGUGAAAUGUUGCAGGAAAGACUGUUUAAAAUUAAUGAAAUACCUUUUGGAACAGUUGAAAAAAGAGUGGCAGGAACUAGAUGGAUUCUGUUCUUACCAUGUGAAAACUGCAAUCUUUCACAUGUGGACUGAGAACCCACAAGACAGUCAUUGGGACCCCAAGCAACUGAGCACCUGCUUUGAUGAGUUUCUGACGUUCUUUGUUGAGUGCCUCAGGACAGAGAAACUGAUGCAUUAUUUUAUUCCAAAGUUCAAUCUAUUCUCUCAAGAAGAAAUUGACCAAAAAAGUAAAAAAUUUCUGUUAGAGAAAAUUGAAUAUGAAAGAAACAAUGGAUUUCCAAUUUUUGACAAGUUUUGAAAUUAUGUAUUUGUCUGUAUGUUAUAAUGUGUUCUUGUGGGUGUGUGUUUAGGACAGAGGUUGAUGCCAAAUGUCUUCCUCAGUCACACUUCACUUU